ACAGUUCACCGCGGCACCAACGAGGAAGUGUGGCUGUGAGCUCCGGGCUGAAGAUGACUCUCCGGGCUGUGGCCACCCGUCUGUCGCUUUUUCACAGGAGCCGUGUCUUGGUUGCGUCCAUUCAAACAGCAGGAGGUGUGAAAUUCAAGGGAACCUGUCCAGUUCAACUGAGUCAUCUGGAUCAUCUGGUUCUCACAGUGAAAAGUGUCCCAGACACCAUCCACUUCUACACCUCUGUCCUCGGCAUGGAUGUCAUCACUUUCAAGGGAAACCGUAAGGCUCUGGGUUUUGGGCAGCAGAAGUUUAACCUUCACCAGCAGGGUCAGGAGUUCGAGCCAAAGGCCAAACAUCCAACCUCGGGUUCUGCUGACCUGUGCCUCAUCACCAACACCCCUCUGGCUACAGUAGCUACACAUUUGAAGGUUUGUGGUGUGGAGAUAGAGGAGGGUCCAGUGGGGAGGAGUGGGGCUGUGGGGCCCAUCACCUCUCUGUACUUCAGAGAUCCAGACCACAACCUCAUUGAAGUGUCCAACCAGGCAACAUCAGAGGGGUCUUCAUGAGAUGAUGGACAUGUGAAAAUCCAUCCAAACAAUGAACAAACUUGUCUUUUCCCAAUGAUUUUUCAAUAUAAUGCCUGUAUUUCUCAACACAUGUAAACAAUUAGUGGAGUAGAUAACAUUGGUUGACUGUGCAGACACACUGUUAAUGUGUAUUUCUUCUAAUUGUGUGUUUAAAAGGGCUGUUUUAUUUUUACAAAGUAAAACAUGACUUGCUGAAAAUAAAAGGCUCUUGUACUUGCUA